CGUAGAUGACUAUCUGAAACCAAGUCUUGUACAUUCAAGAAAUCUGGAAUUUCUAGAGUUUUUAAAUAAUGAAAAGUUUUGUUCUGUUUGUGAGAGGAAGCCUAAAGCAACCUGGUACUCACUUGAUCGGCAACGUUUGCUAUGCGAAGAUUGUGCGAAAACAAAUUCUAUAAUCAACAAAGAACAACAAAAUAUUUCCUUGUUCGAGCUUACUGAGGCUGAUAUUGAGCGGAUCCUGAAGAGGGAGAGUCUUUGUAAAGAUCACGAGCAAGUUUAUGAAUUCUUCUGCUAAAAUUGCCAGGAAUUCAUUUGUAUUCACUGUUUUAGGAGUCGGCAGUGUCGAGCCCACGAAACAGUAGCCAUAAUAGAAGGUUCGSUGCAAGACUUCUUUGUGAAGGAAGGAAAGGAAAAGCUCAAGCUAAAAGAAGAGGAAAUACAGAAAAACAUUGAAAAAUAUGAAGAAAUAAAAGAGGAUGGCGAGAGAGCAAAAGCAAAGAUGGAAGAAACUGUAAAACAUUUGACUGAGAUGUUGCAAAAAUACAAACAAGAACUCGAUGAACACAUCGACCAAAGGAUAAAGGAAGCAGAACGUAAAUCGCAGAAAGAUCAAGAGAAGCUAUUCCAGAUUGGAAGGGCUUUGGAUUACAUCGAUGAACUGAAAAAUAAUGGUGUUGUAAGUGAAAUACGCCAAGCAACACAGAAUAUAGAAGUAUACGUCGACCAAAGUUCAAAUACAGCAACUGUUUCUCCGAACAUGAACGACGACACAAGCAGGUUUAAGUUUGUUAUAAGCGACGAAUGUUCUAGAUUUCUACAUUCAAAACAAGGACUUGGAAGUCUAAGAUCCAUCCAUGUUGGCCCAGAACUAGAGGCCUUGAUGGAAGCAAAGCUGACGUUGGAAGCUACUGAAAAGUCUUCUGAAAAACACAAAGGUGUUGUCUGUAAGUCAAGUGAUGUCGCUAUUGGACCAGCGAAAACGAGCCUAGAAAAGGAGUGCAAAGACCCAAGAAAUGGCGGUAAAAAAGAUGAARUCAUGAAGGUUGCUGAUGAUCGAUUGGCAGCAGUAGCUUCAGAAGAAACAAUCCAAAUCCAAAUUUCAGUGGCGAAGACUGCUCGACAAAAGCCGAUUAGCAACGGCCCACACGAUGUUAUUGAUGUUAAAAUCAGCCCUGAAGAUAAUGUGGAAAUAAAAGAAAACAAUGUGAGAGCUGAUGGUAAACUAGAAGUGGAGUUCAUGCCUAAAGUAGCUGGUCAACUGACAGCAGAGGUUCAAGUGAAUGGGAAUCAUGUAUCUAACAGUCCACUAGUGAUAAAUGUGAAGCCACAGAAGAUGAGAAUUGCUGAGAAGUUUGACACAAAAUUACAAGCACAGGAGAAAUCUUUGACUCGUUUAGCUAGCAUCGCUGUAAACAAGGAUAACAGUAGAAUCGCUGUUACAGACUGGUCUACAGACUGGUCUACACACUGUGUUUGUGUGUUCAACACUCAUGGACACCCCUUACUAACGUAUGACCRUGAUGGACAGUUACGUUACCCUCACGGCUUAGCAUUCCUGAAUGAAACUGAUUUAGUCAUAGCAGACUGUAAUAAUGAUAGAAUAUAUAUAGUGAACACUACAACAGGGACAUUGGUAAAUWCCUUWGGUAACCAUGGYAAMGGSGAUGGARAAUUSMAWGAACCACACGGAGUACACGUUGAUGACGAUGGKAACAUCAUUGUGUGUGAUYWUGRYAAUCAUCGUGUUCAAGUCUUCACAARAGACGGUGAMUAUCAAUAUCAGUUUGGYUUAGAAAGUGUCGAACAUUUUUCUCCAAUUGCUCUGUUAAAAAUCCAGGAUAAGUUUUACGUUAGUGACUUCACUAACAACGUCAUUCAGGUAUUUGAGRAGAAAGGCAGCGUAGUKUCAAAAGUAUCAACGAUUGGACGAGGAGAAGGCAGUGCUGAUGGCCAACUGAGUGGGCCCUGUGGCCUGGCUAUUGAUAAWRACCAUCAUCUACUGGUGUGCGAUAAUGGUAAUAACCGCAUCCAAAAGUUCACAUUGGAUGGUCGUUUGGUUGGCAAGACUUACGAUAAAAUCGAAAAACCUUGUAUGAGAUAG